AGACCGUAAACCGGAAGCGAGCGAGUAGACUAUUUCCGGCCGUUGGGCGGCGAUGUAAACCAACAGCGGCGAUGGAUUAAGUUGCGGGAUGUGACGACGCGACGUGACGACGCGGGGCUCCGGCAUGAUCGAGGUGGUGGCAAAGCUGCUCCGGGGCCCGGUGUUCCUGACGGGCGAGGAGCUGGAAUGUGUCAUAGCUUUCACCAACCCCGUAACGGCUCGCUCCACCUCGGCCGGCAGUGAAAUGUUGGCAUGGGCAAGUGCUCAGAUUCAUUGCCAGUUUCAUACCAGUGAAAGUCGUGUUUCACUUCCUCCCUCUGAAGACACAAAGUAUGAUGUGCAGGCUGAAAAUGAAACCGUGUUUGUUCCAAACAGAGGAGAACGAGGAAAAUGUAUUCUAGCCACUCCACCCAAGAUACUGUUCUGUGAUUUACGUCUUGAACCUGGUGAAUCAAAGUCCUAUUCUUACUGUGAAACUGUGCCUCUUGAUGGUCCACCAUCCUUCCGUGGCCUAUCAGUGAAAUAUGCCUAUAAAUUGACGGUUGGCUGCCAGAGGGUCAAUUCUCCAAUCAAACUUCUCAGAGUUCCUUUUCGGGUUUUUGUUGUCUAUGGAUUAGAAAAUUAUCAAUUUCCUCCAGAUGAGGCCGUGGCACCUACAAAUCCAUUUUUGGACGAAGAUGAAAGUAUUACAAAAGACACUAGAUUAGUAGAUCUGGCAACUGAAAUGCUAAUGUCCAGCACAUCUCGUCGCAGCCUUCAUUUGUAUAACAUUAGUAAUGUCAGGGGGAAAGUUGGAAAAUUUUGCAUUUUCAAAGCCAUCUAUAAAAUUGGAGAGGAUAUAUUGGGCACAUUCGAUUUCUCUGAAGGAAAUAUUCCAUGUUUGCAGUUCUCAGUAUGUUUGCAGACUGAAGAGCACAUACAAGAGGACUAUCAAAGAAAACCAGGGCAACCUGUUUCACUAAGUACACAUGCUCGGCAUCAAGAGUCAUGCUUGCAUACUGCUAAAACUCAUUUCAGUUUACCAAUUCCACUUAGUGCAACACCCAGCUUUAUGACCACUGUUGUAUCCUUAAAGUGGCGCUUACAUUUUGAGUUUGUCACUGCUCGUGAACCAGUGGAACCACCUACAGUACUUGAGAAUCAAUCGGAGAUAAUUACUUGGACUGGGGCAGAGAAAAUAGAUGUGGACACAUUCAGCUGGGAUCUGCCCAUAAAAGUGCUUCCAACCAAUCCUGUACUCGCAUCGUAUGUUUCACAGUUAACAUCUUUUAACUCCAUUACUAUCUGAAAUUUUUUUUUUUAAGAGGCAUUGGAAAGUUUUAAACAAUGGAAUUUUUGGAUAAACAGGAGAGGUACAGCAGCAUCAAAUUGGAAAACACAACAAAUAUUGCCCAAGAUAUUACAGAUGUAUUAUACUUCAAAAAUUACUGACACUCGCCACAGAAUGCAAGUCCACAAUAUUACUUCAUGUAAGGAAGUGUAAGGAGCAGUGUUUAUGGUCACUGCCAUUUCUACUAUUAACUACACUGAGAGAACAUUUCCUUUAUUGUAAGCAUUCAGAUCUGAAAACUCCUUGCUUGCUAGCUGAUCAGAAUUUUUUUAUCUGGAGAGCAAUUAUGUAUAGCCAGUUUGUAGCUUUUUGGAACUGGUGGAUCUGAAGUGCAUUUUUAUUGUUUCGGUUUUUGCUGAAGAUAGUCCAAAUUUGGUACUCCACAAAUGAGAAGAAUUGCAACUUCACAUUGGUGCUCAUCAUAUUUUUAUAUAUUUAACCAAAAACACAUGUAGCACAUUUACAGAUAGCUUGCUGUUAUGACGGUUGUACAUUUUCUACUAAAAGUUCAUUUUAUUCACUGUGCUCUAACACAAUAAUAAACCUUAUCAAUCAUCAUUCAACAUCAAAAUUCCAAGAGUGAAUUUUACAUUUCAGUGAAUCUAUUUUUUUUCCUGUCUUGUAUUACAAUUUACUUAUUAAGCUAAUGUCUAGAAAUGAUGGCAAUAGGUUAGUUGGCAGGUAGAACCCUUAAUUUUCUGACAAACCUUUCAUCAUUGAAGUGGAUCAUUUUUCUGUUUUUUAGAGAAAGGAACCAGAGUGCAUAUCCCAUGCCUCUGCCUCAUAGGUAACUUCCAUAAGCAAACUAUCAAAUUCUAUUGUUGUAGAAAAUGUUGCAUGACUCCCGUGUUUUGUAUGAUGUGACAUUCACUCUGUUUGACGCUGUACGUAGUAUGCUUAUUUGUGUUUAAUGCAGUUUUAAGAUUGAAUAUCCAUUCAUUCUAUUCUUGGCAUCUGAUAUCUGAAGAAUACUUGAAAAUGUUUUAUUGAUUGAGUUUUAAAAAAUUGAGAAUUUUCUAGCUUAAUUUUUGGUUAUGUAUAUUUCAUGUUAUUUGUCAUAACCCUGUGUUUAAUUAAUAUGUCUUUUUGCAAAGUCACAAAGUGCUGGACUAAUUGAGCAGGUCAGACAGCAUCUCUGGAGAACGUGGAUAGGUGACUGUGAAACUCACUUGUCUAUGUCCUCUAGAGAUGCUGCCUGACCCGCUGAAUUGGUCCAGCACUUAGUGUUUUUCCUUGUUUUUCCAGCAUUUGCAAUUCCUUGUUUCUACAUGCAGUCUGUCCUGCUGAGUUACUCUUGCACUUUGUCUUUUUUUUGUAAACUAGCAUCUACAUAGCAUCUACUAGCAUCUUAUUUCUACAUCUUAACGUACAUAGAGUUGGGGACUAUAGGCACAAAAGUUGUCAUGAAUUGAAUAUAGUGGCUGGGAAUUGAGCCUUACAGGGCUUGAGUAAUUGAAAAGUGAACAGCAAUGAAAUCAUGGACACAUCUGUAGAUGAAAUUUAAAGAU